CGCCGCCUCGCGCGCAACGAGUCCUUGCAACUCGUCGGGGAGCUCAUCUGCCGCAUGGCCGACGACUGCAUCGACUCCUGCUCUGUACCGAGGUUGGACAACAUGGCAUGGAACACGACGACGCUGCAGGCAGACGACCUGAGGCACCACGCCCUGUCCCAGACGUGGCACGCCGUUCGGCGCAUCACCAGAGCCAUGGUCGGCAGAAAAAGCUGUGAGAUCAACUACGGACCUACUUACGAGUGGAAGGACUUGAACAAAACUGGGCUGCAGGCCCAGGCGGCGCUCUACCGGGAACGCCUCUCCAACUACUGGCGGGACCUGUCGCAGCUGCUGUCGCUCAGCGCGACGCACUUCUCACAGCUGUUCGUUCCCCUCGCAUUCGAACAUAUGGGUAACCGCACGAGUGAUCAGCAACUCCACGGGUGGAUUGAGGACGUGCAACGUGUGAAGGACAUGCUGCACACGAAAUUAACCGGACUGGUACACGACAUGCAAUACGCCAGCAAAGAGAUAGGGCAUUUCGAAGUGGAAGAAGACAAGGACAAGCCGGGCCGCUUGAUACUCAGGCGGCCGCUGUUGAGUGAACAACUACUGCACCAUCAGCCGUGGAACGUCUCCUUCCACGACGACUUCAGUGCGCUGUGCGAGCAGCGGCAGCCGGAGGCGUCGCAGAUGUUCAGCCUCGCUGCCACACUGUACGCCUCCUACCGUGUCUACUGGUACACUGCAGCCGUGUUCAUGGAUAGGUCCUACGAAUUUAGUUUCAAGCCUGUGGACGAGGAGUGGCAGUUGGAAGACAGAAGCAACACUACCCUCUCCGUGGACACUGACUGCGUGCAGCUGUUGAUGAACGCCCUGGACAACCCCACGUGUCCACUGGAUGACCUGCCAGUGGAAGCCGUUAGCCAGCGCUUGCAGUGCCGUGCGCAGCUGUGGGACGACAUGGUGCAGCGGUCGCCCCACAUACCCGUCACCAGCUACCUGGCCUACACGCAGAGGGUAAACGUCAACCUCUGUCUGCUGGCCUGGAUGGCUGUCAACUCGUUUGGCAUUUGUCAGGACGCUCAGGGGGUGGCGCAGUUUGUGUACUACGUACACCUGGGUACGAUGGUGCAGGGACCGGUGCUGUUCGUCUGCUUCAUCUGCAACGGAACGACGCUCCCCGUGCUGAAGGACAGGAUACUCGCGUGGUGGAGCCCGACCAGCGUCCCUGCAGGGCAGGAGCUGUGCUCCGCAGCUGAGAGGAACCUGGCCAGGAGGAACAAUGAACAGCCCGUGGUUACAGAAUCCUCGCUGUAG